UGUAGAGUGGAGCAGAGAUGACUUGACAUCAGACCAUGUAUUCUUGUACCAGGAUGGUCACUUUCUUCUUGACAGCCAGCAUCCAUCUUUUAUGAACAGAGUGGAUCUGCAGGACAGACAGAUGAAGGAUGGAGACGUGUCUUUGAUUCUGAAGGAUGUGACGAUUAAUGACACUGGAAGAUACGAGUGUCGUGUUGUCCAGAGAGUUGGAGGACCUAUGACUCUAAUCAGCAUCAUCCACCUUCAUGUUGUUCCUCCAGAGAAGAAAACCAUCAAAGUUAAGUCUGGACAGGACGUCACUCUGACAUGUCGAGCUUCAAACAACAAGAUCAAAUCUGUACAUUGGAGCAGAGCUGACCUGACAGAUGGAUAUGUUCUUUUGUAUCAGGAUGGUCAGUUUGUUCCAGAUCACCAGCAUCCAUCUUUUAAGAACCGGGUGGAUCUGCAGGACAGACAGAUGAAGGAUGGAGACGUGUCUUUGAUUCUGAACAAUGUGAAGAUUAAUGAUGCUGGAACAUACGAGUGUCGUGUUUUCAUUGAAGAAACUCGCUCAUGGAAGAACAGCAUCAUCAUCCACCUGACUGUUGUUGAUCCUCCAGGUGAGUGAGUAGAGUUGAGUGUGUGUGUGAUCAGAGGUGAAGCUGCUUCCUGGUUGUUGAUGUGUGUUUGUUGUAUGGAUGAGCUGGUGGAUGUCAGAGGUAGACAGAUGUUUCUCCAGCUGUUGUCUUUGUGGCUGGUAGUCUAGAGUUGUAGAGCAGCAUUGUUUGGGUAAGGUUAGAGCAGAAACAAAGACAUUUAUGAAUCAGUCUCUUCUUCUCUUGCUCUCU